AAGAGCCCAUUAACACGCGGGUUUAACAGCGGAGGCGAGUAAAAGGAGUUGGAUCUCUUAUCUUCUGGCUGGAUUUCCAAGUUCAGGCUUGGAUCUCUUAUAUUUUGUUCUUUAGGUUGCUUGCUUUGUCAAGAAUUAAGGGAAACAUCAAUAAUCCCCGAAUCAGAGUUGGGGGGGUUUCCAGUUUGAUGGUAGUGGUGUUAAAUUGGUGAAAGUGUGUAUUAUUACUAGCAAGAAUGGCAUUUUCAUUAAGGAGGGUAGCCAACUCGCUGCCCUUCUCGGGGCUUUUCAGAAAACUGGAACAGGAUAUGGAAACUGUGAUCAAGGUUUUGCAACCAGGUCCUUUGGGAAUAAUAGAACACAAGUUCUCUCCAGAGGAGAUAUGCAAGGCAAAUUCUACCGUAAUGACGGCAGUAGAGAAUUGGCGAAGGAACGCUAAAGUUGAGCAGCAGAGCCCCAUCUUCAAAGAAUUUAUUGAUAAAUGAUUACUAAUUGCCAGUCCAAUUAUUUCUUCAGUCCAACAUGAUAAAGGGAACGAUCAUGUAAAGUCUAUAGUUUUCCCUGUCUGAAUUGCAACAUAUGUUACCAUAUUGCUUCUUUUUUGCGUUGAUCCAGUUUUGAAUCUGCAUUUCAAAUGAUAGCUGUGUCAUGCCAUGUUAGGUUUACCAGUUGUUUGGUUCCAAAAUAAGCACUUAUACUUCACCUCCUACAACUUUUAUGGAAGAUGUGACUUGUUUGAUAAAGGAUACCAUGCCUUUUUACAGCA